GGCUAUAUUUGAAAGGUGAGACAUGAGAGCAUCAUGCUAAGUACAGUAAUUGAAACACACAGAAACAGAACAACAGAACAGAGAAAGAGAGAUAGAAAAGAUGGCUUCAGACGAGGGACAAGUGAUUGCGUGCCACACCGUUGAGUCAUGGAACGAGCAACUCCAGAAGGCUAAUGAUUCCAAAACUCUUGUGGUGGUUGAUUUCACGGCUACUUGGUGUGGACCAUGUCGUUUUAUCGCUCCAUUCUUUGCUGAUUUGGCUAAGAAACUCCCCAAUGUGCUAUUCCUCAAGGUUGAUAUUGAUGAAUUGAAGUCGGUGGCAAGUGAUUGGGCGAUAGAGGCGAUGCCAACCUUCAUGUUUUUGAAGGAAGGGAAGAUUUUGGACAAAGUUGUUGGAGCCAAGAAAGAUGAGCUUCAAUCUACCAUUGCCAAACACUUGGCUUAAGCUUUUCAGUCUAAUGUCUUAAGAUGUUGGAUUAAUUACUCUCUAUUGUCUACUCUUGACGUGUUAUAACUUGUUCCCCAUUGUUAUCUAUGUUUCCGGACUAAUCUCAGCACUUAUCCUAUAUGGACUCUAUCACGUGCUUCAACAAGAUUUGGUUCCAUUCGAUAUUA